AUGUCGUCAUCACACUCAGAUUCAUCCACUGAAAUAUACGCUAUAUCUCGUAACUGCUCUACGUGCGAUGGGGAAGAAACGGACGGGAAGUCGUUGGAAGAGCCAAUUCAAGCGGAAAAACAGAAGAGGCGAUUAACGUUCGUGUCGGUGAAAGCUGCUGAUAGCAAUGAAUCCAACAAUGCUGAUUUACCGGAUGAAAAUGAAAAGCAAAAGCGAGGUAUUAGGGAUUUAACAUAUGAAAUCGAAAGUGAUGCAAAGGGAAGUGAAGGAGUUAUCUGUUUGGGGUCGGAAAUUGCCCGACUUAGAAAAUACAGUUUGUCAGCAGUAUUUUUCCGACUAAUGUUUGACUUUAUUGGAAUUACAAUUGCGGAAAUGACAAUAGUAACUGAUACAAAUUUACUAGAGAUUCUUACAAACAAAACAAUUCAACUGAAUGGAAAGACUGAUAUAUCAAACCAAAGCGAGGUCGAUGUGGUUUCUGAAGCUUGCAGUCAAAAUAAUUCAAGGCAAGAAUCAAAUGCACGAAUUUUCGAUAGACCUGUUACCACCAAUACCUCAUUCAACGCUUUGAUUUCUGAAUUUCUUCUUUGUAAAAUUCCCCUUAAACAGGCAUUAUUUAAACCCUUUUCUAGCGGAAUUUUGUCCAAAGCUUCAAGUAAAACUACUGAUCCAUCCUCUUGUGCGAUCGUAUCAAACGUCAAUUCAAUUCAACUUUCUCCUGUUCAGCUUCUCCCUGCUGAACCAACUCACACUCCUUCACAGAACAUUGAGUCAAAAUCUGCGGCUGCAGCGCCGCAAGUCCAAGUACAACAAUCCUUUCCGUCAUCCUCCUCGAAAUCAUCCAAGACCCAAACAUCGCCACCAAUUCCAGCCCAGACAUCAUCUGAAACUUUAAAACCAGAUGCGGCGCAGAUACGUGCUACAAUACCCGAAGCAUUGGAUAAUCUGGUAUCUAUUCCAAGCAAAAACUCUACGAUACAUAAUUAUUCAGAUGAGGUAAUUCUCGGUGGCACAGCAACGGGAACACCACGGAUUCCAAAAACUGUUAAAUCUGGUGUUAUGGAAAGAAAUAACAGUAAUGAAAUAGUUGCAAAAGAACAGGAGCCCAAUAAAACGGCUGGAAUGUUGUUGAUGGCGGGAAGUGAAAUGGAAAAACUGGAAAGUAUGGAGAUGUCAUUGGACACAGUUCCCGAAGAAAGGCAAAAUUUUAUUGAAGGGAUAUCAUAUAAAAUUGAUGAACCUAAACCAACGAUAACGCAGUUUGAAACACCCCGUAGGCCAACACCUAGCAUAGAUUCAAGAACGAUUACACGUCCAUCAAAAAUGCGAGCCCAACAGUUGCCAGAAGCAACCAUUACGCCGUUCUCGAAAACUGACUCAGAAUCUACAACUGCAGAUAUACUUGCUACUAAUACAGGUCAACCGCUUCCUCCAGCAUCUGUAACCGGUAUUGCAAGCGAUGCUCUAUCACAGCCGCCUCAGAUAUUGGGACAGCAGUCAGCAACUGCACCACGUUCACAAAUAAUUCAGCAAGCUCUACCACAAAGGCCGAUGGAGCAACAAAUUACGACAUCAAAUUCUGUUCCACAGCAGAUAUCCAUUCCGAAAAUUACUCAAUUGGAGCAGCAACAACAACCUACAACCACAGUAGCUCCAAUGAGGAUUGUAACACAACCAACAGUGGUACCACCAAAUAUCAUUCCAUGUAUUCCAGUUAACAUAAAUCCUGCUAUCGUUCCUAAUGUUGCAACUGCACAGAGUCAUCCUCACAAUCCUGAAAAUCCCCAGAGGGGAGGACGAAAAUCUUCACAGCGUGUACGACAGCGAACCGUCACUGUCCAAAGUCAAGUAAGCCUCGAUAUAACAGCUGCAUACAAUGAAGUCAAACAGAUGAACUCAGACGAUCCUGCUGCUGAACUUGUACGACGUGUGCAAGCUAUUGUUGCUACAAGAGAAAAAGAAUGGACUGCCAAAAAUGAAAAGUUAACUCAACUGCUUGCACAUGAGCAGAAGCGUAAUGAACCACUGGAACAGAAAGCUGCCGAACGAUUAUUAGCUAUGGCGGAGUAUGAAAAACUUGUGCAAGAAUUUGUGGAAGAACUGAAGAAGAAAAAUUCUGAUGAGAAAAAUUGCUUAGGUGAAUCAAAAUCGGUGGGUAGACCAGGACCGGAAGGAAAUUUAUCACCGGAUGAUGUAACUCAACUGCUUAAAGAACGAGAUCAGCUGGCAGAAGAAGUGAAUUCAUUAGAAACAAGUUACAGUGAACUCUUCAGACGUUAUGAAAAAUUGCGACAAACAAGCGUUGAAAUUAAACGUAAUGAAGACAUUGUCAAAAGCGCAUCUGAAGAAAUGGCAAGGCGGUAUUCACUUCUUGUUGAAAAAUUUGAAAUGCUGCGAAGAAAUGCUGAAGAGCAACUUGAUCUCGCUAAUAGCGAAAUAGAGAGACUGAUAAAACAGCAUGAAGCGGAUACACUUGGUUUACGUUUGAAAGUGAAACAUCAGGAGUCAAAGAUCGACAGUUUGACUGUGAGUCUGGAAGCUAGACAGAAAGAGCUGGAAAGUAUGACAGCAAUAUUUGAAGAAGUAAUUACGAAGGCAGAAGCAAAUGAUACUGUGGGCAAUGCUUGA